AUGGGGCCAUCUGCCCAUUCUCCGCCAAGGAGAAGGAAGGAAAAGAAAGCCGGUAUGGGUCAACUGGGCAAGGUUACCGAUGACGGGUCAAAGUUCACAGUCGCCUUGAAUGUUUCGAAAUUCAAACCAGAUGAACUGAAAGUGAACAUCGAUGGCCGAACCCUUACCGUAGAGGGUAAACAAGAAGUCAAAGAAGGCUCGAAUUACACGGCCAGGUCAUUCCUUCGCCAAUGGGUUCUUCCAGAAGGUGUCGACGUUGAGCAGAUACGAUCCAGCCUUACCGACGAGGGUCAGCUGGCCAUCGAGUUACCAAAGCCCAAACCGGCCAUCAACUCUAGGAGUAUCCCGAUCCUAAAGGCAGCGGAUCAACCUCGAGACUAG